CGGGUCCGGGAAGAGUCGCUAGAAAAAGCUGUUCCCUUUGGCAGUUACCCGCAGCAAUUUUUUUUUCCUUCCCCCCAAAAUAUUUUCUGCAGACCCAGUCGCAGUAGAAAUAUUUCGCUCGACGCCCUCCGUCUUUCACACUCCUCUCCAUUUCUUCCCUCGUUCUCUUCUAAUCUCCACUCACUUCGUCUUCUCUUUUCAAAGAUCAGGAAGUCUUUGAACAGCCGACAAGAUGUCUGAUCAACAACAGCAGAAGGUUUUGGGCAUGCCGCCCUUCGUGGCGGACUUCUUGAUGGGUGGUGUUUCCGCCGCCGUCUCGAAGACUGCCGCCGCUCCCAUCGAGCGUGUCAAGCUUCUUAUCCAGAACCAGGAUGAGAUGUUGAAGACCGGCCGUCUGGACCGAAAGUACAACGGUAUCAUUGACUGCUUCCGACGAACCACCGCCGAGGAGGGUGUCCUGUCCCUAUGGCGUGGUAACACUGCCAACGUUAUCCGAUACUUCCCUACUCAGGCCUUGAACUUCGCUUUCCGUGACAAGUUCAAGAAGAUGUUCGGCUUCAAGAAGGAGCGUGACGGAUACGCCUGGUGGAUGGUUGGUAACUUGGCGUCCGGUGGUGCUGCUGGUGCUACUUCCCUCCUUUUCGUCUACUCGCUCGACUACGCCCGUACCCGUCUGGCCAACGAUGCCAAGAACGCCAAGAAGGGCGGUGAGCGUCAGUUCAACGGUCUUGUUGACGUCUACCGAAAGACCCUCGCCUCGGACGGUAUCCCCGGUCUGUACCGUGGUUUCAUGCCCUCCGUCGCUGGUAUCGUCGUCUACCGUGGUCUCUACUUCGGUCUGUACGACUCCAUCAAGCCCGUCGUCCUCACCGGCUCUCUCCAGAACAACUUCCUUGCCUCUUUCAUCCUCGGUUGGUGUGUCACCACCGCUGCCGGUAUCGCCUCUUACCCUCUUGACACUAUCCGACGUCGUAUGAUGAUGACCUCUGGUGAGGCCGUCAAGUACAAGGGUACUCUCGACGCUGCCCGCCAGAUCGUUGCCAAGGAGGGUGUCAAGUCCCUGUUCAAGGGUGCUGGUGCCAACAUUCUCCGUGGUGUGGCUGGUGCUGGUGUGCUCUCGAUCUACGAUCAGCUCCAGGUUCUCCUCUUCGGAAAGGCCUUCAAGGGUGGUUCCGGUUAAAUUCCCUCAUACCUCAUAGACGGAGAGGCGUGGUGGUGGUGUAAUAGGGUGGAUAGGUGACAAAGGGCCGUUGAUAAAAAGGAGCGUGGCGGACGCUCCGGUGGAAAGUUGUUACAGGGCAUCACUCAUUGCCGUGGCGUUCUGGAACAGCUUGAUUUUUGCGGAUUUUACUGGCAGACAGGGCACACAUGUCUCGCAUCGUCUUGUCAGCUAGUUGUCCGCUGUAAUUUAGAUCCUAAGCAAUUCCUUUGACUGUAUUCUUUCUGCUUUACGUCCUAAAUCCCCCUUUUUUUCCCUCGACGGUUGCAUGGGGCCUGGCUCUUUCGGUCUUUCGGUUGUAUACGACUUAUAGACUUCUGAAUGCAAGUGAUGCUUUGAAAUGAG